AUGUCCGCGAGAUACAGUUUGUCUACACAACUUCGUGGUGUUUCUUCAACAUGCACCUUUAGAGCUCCGAUAGCUCCCGCAGCUAGGCGGUUCUCCGCAGCAUGCCACCUGAAACAAACAUCGUCCUCGUCUACGGCCAAAACGGAGGAUAAAGAUGUUAAAGAUGAUUCGAAAGAAGAAGAAAAAGAUAGUCCGAUGGGACGCCGUCUGGCUCAGAUGACUGAAGAUGCGAUGCUAGAAGGUGGACGAUCUGCGCAGCGCAACAUCGAGCAAGCAGGGUUCUCAGAAGAACUAAAAAAUGAGCUCGCAGAGCGCAUUGCUGCUUCUUCAUUCAGGAGCGAGUAUGCUGCUGCUCAUUCUAUAGUCGAAAUGCCCGCUGGCGCAGGUCAGGGCACACGAGAGAACGCCGCCGCACCUAAAUGGACAGGAACAGAGCGCGUCGAGGAUACAACUCUGCGCAUGCUAGAUGACGCUAGCAAACCGAUCCGAAUGCCUUACAAGAUCCCCGAUCCCGUGAACCUCAGAAUCCCCCCCGAAGCCCAAAAAGUCCCGCGGAGAACGACUUGCCGAAGCGAAAGAACUCGGGCUCCUGGAUUUUCCGAAGAAGAGCGUGAGGAUAUGCGCCGUGAGAUGAGGGAGCAGUUAACACCCGGGGCGCAUUCCAUGCCAAUCUCGAUUUCGGGUCUUUCGUCACUGGCAAAUGAGCGAAUCGAAGAUGCGAUUGCGCGUGGACAAUUCAAGAAGAUACGCCGUGGGAAAGGUGUGAACACCAAGACAGAUCACAAUGCAAGCAACGCCUUCAUUGAUACAACCGAAUAUUUCAUGAAUAAGAUCAUCCAACAGCAGGAAAUUGUGCCGCCGUGGAUCGAGAAGCAACAGCAGCUUGGUUCGGAACUCAGUCGGUUCCGCGAACGUCUUCGGGCGGAUUGGAGGAGACAUGCUGCGAUGUUGAUUGCGAGCAAGGGUGGGUCCUUGGACGUACAAAUGAAGCGGGCAAAAGCAUAUGCUGCAGCUGAGGCCCGGCUGGCAGACAGAGCAAAGUUGGAGGCUUCGUUUGGAGAAGAUACAUCCAAGUCAGAGACAUCACAAGGAUCACCUGCUAUUAAGAAUGACAGCGAGGAAACAGAAGAUCUAGCCCAUCUUCCACCAUUACGGGACCCCGACUACCUCGCAAUCGAGCGUUCUUAUCACGAACUCGCCGUGAAACAAAUCAACACUCUCACGCGCUCAUACAACCUCCAAGCCCCACCCUCUGCCCACAAACCAUAUAUCAAUCUUGAUCGAGAGCUCAACGCAUGUUAUGCCGCGGUAGCGCCUGAGCUAGCAGAGGAGAUUAAACGCCGAGCGACAGAGCGAGCGCGUCCGUCAUCAAUUGUUCCGCCGGUUUCUUCCGGCAAGUUCGGGUCACUGGGCAUGGCGCAGUCCGUACGAGUUCACGAAGAAGAUCAGUCAAAGGGAUAUGGUAUGAAAGAGCUGUGGCGCGAUUUAUUCACUAAAUCCUGA